AUGUAUUGUAAUUUAGUUAAAACAAUAAAUAAGAAUAAAACAAUAAUAAUAAAUAAUUUAAAUAAUGGUAUAGUUUUAUCAAGAAUUAAUAAUAAUAAUAAUAAUUGUAAUUUUAGUAAUAGUAAUAAUAAAUAUAAUACUUUAAAUCAAAAUAAUAAUGAAAAAAGAAAUUAUUUUACAACACCAACAUUAAGAACAGCAUCAGCAGUAGCAGCAUCAAGUUCAAAUAGUGAUUCAUUUAUACAUAAGAAUAAAACAUCAUUUGAUGAUAUAAUCGAUUCACAAAAUACAAUAGAGAUUAGAGGUGUACCAAGUAAUAUAACGACACGUGAUAUUUGGCAACAAUUUAAAGAUUUUAAAAUUACACCGCAUGGUAUUAAAAUGGUAUUCGAUGGUGAAGUUGGUUUCGUUUAUAUUUCAUUUCAAACUAAAAGUGAUUUUACACGUGCAGUUGAUAUGAAAGCAUUCACAUUUUCUGGUCAAAAUUUUUCAAUCUCACCCUUGAAAUCACAUCAAUUGAAUUGGGGUGAUCAAAAACCUGAUAAUUCACCACGUACCUCUUAUUUAAAUCGUACAGCUGUAACUGAUCAUUUAUGGAAAUCAAGAAAAACAAAAGAUCAAUUAAUUGAAGAGAAUCAACAUCAACAUCAACAUCAACAUACAGUUCAUAUGGAUUCUAGCACCACCAAUACCUCAACACCAACACCAACACCAAUAAUAAAAUCACCACCAAUUUUAACAACUAAAAUACCAAUUGAUAGUUAUACAGAAGUUGAUUUAUUUUUUAGUUCAGAUAUGGCAUUGAGAGAAAUUUAUUUAUCACCUUAUGGUCAUUUAAGAAUUGGCAGAUUGUUGGAGGAUUUGGAUGCAUUGGCAGGCACAGUAUCAUUUAAACAUGCAGAGAAUGAUGAAGAUACUUUCAAGAAAACUAUUGUUACAGCAUCAGUCGAUCGUAUAAGUUUAUUACAACCAUUGAUGCCAGAUAGAGAUAUAAAGAUGGAAGGUGUUGUAACUUAUGUUGGUAAGAGUUCAAUGGAGGUAAUGAUAAAGUUGUCCUCUAAAAACAACGAAACCUUACAACACGAACCGGUUUUAGUUGCCUACUUUACAAUGGUUGCCAGAGAGAAUGGUAAAGCAUCACCAGUGAAUCAUCUAAGAACCACGAGUGACUAUGAGAGAAAACUCUUUGAAAAUGGUGAAAAACAUAAAGAAUGUCGUAUUAGUCAUAAACAACAAUCAUUGGAUUUAACAACACCAACAGCAUCGGAAUUACAAACCAUUCACACCCUAUUCAUGACUGCAAAAAAUGAAGAGAAAUCAUCGAAAUUGGAACUAAUUCAAAUGAGUGACACAACUUGUCAAUCUGUGAUUUUAUGUCAACCACAAGAGAGAAAUAUCAAUGGUAAUAUUUUCGGUGGUUAUUUAUUACGUAAAGGUUUUGAAACUGCAUUCACCACUUGUUUUAUGAAAUUCAAUUCAUCAUUACCAAGAUUCUGUGCUAUGGAUGAUAUCACCUUCUUAUUACCAGUGGAGAUUGGUGAUAUUCUCACAUUGGAAUCAACAAUUGUCUACUCUCAAUCAAUUCCAAAUUUACCUCAAAAUUAUUAUGCUCAAGUCGAAGUUUUAGCUUACGUUACAAAUCCAUACAUUGGUAAAAAGAAACUUUCAAAUAUUUUCAAUUUCACCUUUUAUUGUUCACCAUCUGGUGAAAAUACUAAACCACCUACAUCUCCUGAUUCUUCAAUAAAUUUCAAUUCAAAAAUUAAACAAAUCUUACCAUCAACUUAUUCUGAAGCAAUGAGAUUCAUUUCAGGUAAAAGAAUUGUUGAUAGACAUUUAGAAAAUGAAAAAUCACCUGAUAAUUUAAAUAUUUGGUCAUCAAAACAUAAUUUAAAUUAA